AUGGCUAUCCAGACAGGUCUUGACUACAUGCGUUCGCGCACGGUGGUUGACUGCGACACAAUGGACGAAGAAGUUGCCAAAACACUCGGUCCGUUCCAAGACUGUACUUCCAACCAAGCCAUCGCCUUCGGCGAGCUAUCCAAACCCGCACGCGCGGAGGUGAUUUCCGCAUCGCUAACCGAUGCGAGAACACUGAAUGCAAAGUAUUCAUCCAUCUCGGCUGAAGAACUAGCCGUUGAGAUUGCGAUGGUACGAAUGGCUGCUGGCAUGGCACAGCACAUUCGCGGACGAGUCCAUGUGCAAACAAACCCAUACUAUUCAUACUCGACAGAAAAGACCGUCAUCAAUGCCCUUCGUAUUGUCCAACUGUUCCAGCACGUCCAGCCCGGCUUCGAUGUGGAACGCAUUUCCAUCAAGAUCCCAAGCACGUGGGAGGGAAUGAUGGCCUGUCGUACGCUUGAGCUAGCUGGCGUACGUACUCUUGCUACUACGUUAUUUAGCAUGGCUCAGGCUGUUCUUGCCGCCGAAGUAGGCUGCACUUAUAUCGCACCUUAUGUUAAUGAGUUGAAGGUUCAUUUUAACACUGCGUUCGUGGACCAGUCAAAGUUACUUCCACUUUGUGCAGCUGUUCAGAAAUAUUACAAGUCAAUCAAUGCUUCGACGCAGGUCCUGCCUGCUAGCUUGACCUCUGUCGAUGAAAUUUACUUCCUUGCUGGUGUUGAUCAUCUCACUAUUGCGCCACAUCUUCUGAGCCAGUUGACUCAGCCUUACUCUGGCAACGUCAACUCGCUCUUUGAUGUUGCGCCUACUUUGCCUAUUCCCGCAAAGGGCGUCUCUUUCCUGAAUGACCCCAGCAGCUAUCAGAUCACGUUUGCACGAGAUCUUGGUGGCGCUAGUCAGAUUAAGCUCACUGAGGCUGUCAACAUUUUUUGUGAUUUCCAGGACAAGUUGGAGCAAAUCAUGAAGAUUGCUGCUUAG